AUGCACGAGGAAGAAAUAUACACCUCUCUUCAGUGGGAUAGUCCAGCACCAAACACUUACCAGAAAUGUCUGUCUUCCAAAUGUUCAGGAGCAUGCUGUCUUGUGAUGGUGAUUUCAUGUACUUUCUGCAUGGGAUUAUUAACAGCAUCCAUUUUCUUGGGCGUCAAGUUGUUGCAGGUGUCCACCAUUGCGAUGCAGCAGCAAGAAAAACUUAUCCAACAAGAGAGGGCACUGCUAAACUUUACAGAAUGGAAGAGAAGCCAUGCCCUUCAGAUGAAAUAUUGUCAAACCUUCAUGCAAAACUCUUUAAGUUCAGCCUAUAACAGCAGUCCUUGUCCAAACAAUUGGAUUCAGAACAGAGAAAGCUGUUACUAUGUCUCUGAAAUUUGGAGCAUUUGGCACACCAGUCAAGAGAAUUAUUUAAAGGAAGGUUCCACGCUGCUACAAAUAGAGAGCAAAGAAGAAAUGGAUUUUAUCACUGGCAGCUUGAGGAAGAUUCAGGGAAGCUAUGAUUACUGGGUAGGGUUGUCUCAGGAUGGACACAGCGGACGCUGGCUUUGGCAAGAUGGCUCCUCUCCUUCUCCUGGCCUGUUGCCAGUAGAGAGAUCCCCGUCAACUAACCAAGUCUGUGGAUACAUGAAAAACAAUUCCCUUCUUUCAUCUAACUGCAGCACUUGGAAGUAUUUUAUCUGUGAGAAGUAUGCGUUGAGAUCCACUGCCUGA